AAACCAGACCUGUGCAGAUGAUGUUCAAGGAGGCAGAUUUUAACAUGACCUACAUUGGAGACUUCCAGACCAAAAUCCUUGAGCUCCCCUAUGUGGGUAAUGAACUGAGCAUGAUCAUCCUGCUCCCUGAUGCAAUCCAGGAUGGAUCCACAGGCCUGGAAAGACUGGAAAAAGAACUUACAUAUGAGAAGUUGAUGUUUUGGAUCAGUCCUGAAAUGAUGAGUUCUACAGAGGUGAAGGUGUAUCUACCCAGAUUUAAGCUGGAAGAAGCUUACAAACUUAAACCCAUUCUGGGCAGCAUGGGAAUGCCUGAUGCAUUUGAGUUGGGCAAGGCAGACUUCUCAGGAAUCUCACCUGGCAACCAGCUGGUGCUCUCUGAAGUGGUUCACAAAUCAUUUGUGGAAGUCAAUGAAGAAGGCACUGAAGCAGCUGCUGCCACAGCGAUGCUAUUCUCUGUGCCUGCACCUUCUUCUCUGAUCUUGAUCUUGGGCUUGGCAGGAAUAAGAGAGCUGCUUAGACAAACAGAGCACCUGCCAUGUCCAACCCCUCCUGUGCCUGUGUGCAGAGGUCUCCAGGUUCUGGCUGACACAAGAACCAUCUCACUUGCUCUCGCAGCACUUCUUCUGUGCUUGACUUCACUUUUGGUGUCCAGCAGGCAGAGUCAGGCUCUGAGAGAGCCCAUGUGAGAGAAGAAGUUACUUUUGCUUGUGACAAGGCCGGAGCACUUUUGUAGCUGCCCUCCCCUUUUACCUUCCAGUCACAUCCAUUGAGUGCCUUGAUUCAUUGCCUGGAGCUGAAAGGAGUUCUUGGCAGCCUGUUCGAGGUAUUGCUGAGCUUCUGUGUAGAUGCGGGGUUUUGGCCAACAACUGGACCAGCUCUUAGGCAAGAAUGAGAAUGAAAGUAUGCUUUUGUACCUAAUGUCCCUGUGUGAAAUACAAAGCUGUGCUUUGUGUCAGGUACAUACAGGCAACGUUUGUAUUUGUGGUUGUGAUAUGUAUGGAAACCGACUGUGGGACAGUUAUAAAGAUGAAUUCUAAUAAAUAACUGAGGAAGUAAAGCAUGGAAGAAGGCCUUUGAACCUAUCCUUUGUUCACAAUUAACCUUUAUAAAUCUUAAGUUGAUUUAGGAGCAUUUGAAUUAAAGCUUUAAGGAUGUUGCUGUUUGACAGGUACUUUCUGCUGGUAGCUAAGCCUUAAAGUUUUGCAUUAAUAACCUUUUGAAGUAUAAUUUUAGAAUAUUGCUUGUAGUAAGGAUCUUUGAAACUCUAGCUUUAGAAUAUAUAAAAAGGAAAGAUGCUUAUCUCGACGCCUUAACAAAACAGUGAAAAGCAGCUUGAGAAAGGAAGAUGAACAUCAACUCAAGGAUUGAUAGUUUUGACCAAGGGAAGCUGGACAUCACUGUUAUGAGAUGUAUAGUCCUUGCAAUUAAAAGGUGGACCCACAUCUGGAAUCUGGACCUCACCAGCUGGGACACUUCUUUCUUCUUUCGGAAGCCGGACCCCCACCAUCUGGGGAUACUCCUUUCUGGGAUACAUCCUGAGAAAAACUAAAUCACAAUUGUGUACAGAAUUGUGAUGUAAAAACUGGGAAUAGAAACGGCUGAGAAAGCUUAUGAGUACCCCUAUAAAUACCUGUAAGCCUCAAUAAUCGGUGUGCAGUUGGAGGGAAAACUUCACCACUGUGCCCAGUGCUGUAUUGCUCAUACUUUCCCUUAUUAAUUAAUAAAUUGAUUGCUGCUUGAAUACUGGCCUAGUCAGGCUUGUCAUUUAUAACACCUGUGAGGUAUUUAUGGUGAGAGUACCUUUGUUACAGCACCGCAGGACACCUGUGUUUAUUCCCUGUCCCCUUGUUUCUGGUUCUUUAACAAAGAAUAUAACACAAGGGCACAUGGUGCCUAUGCAAUAAUAGAUUUACAAAGUCUUGAUUUUAGCUUAUUUCUUUUGCUACUGUUAUAUGUUUAUCCUGAUAAUAUUCUCUUAGACACCAUAGUUUACCUAUGGUAAGAAUACCAAAGACACAGCUGCAACAACG